AUGAUCAGCGGUAGUGGAGGAGGCGGGAUAGGCGUGAUAGGCGGGAGCAGUGGUGGCGGCAGCGGCAAUAGCACCGGCAACAAUAGUAACACCAUCAGCGGCAGUGUGGUGAGCACCACACGCCUCAGCCGUGCACAGCAGCAGCACCAUCAACAGCAAAGCAGCGGUUCAAGCGGCCUCGCCGCCAUAGCCGCAGCUGCCACUGGCGCCCAACCGAUCGCAUCCGGCAGCGGCACACAUCGUACGCGCAUACUGCGCGGCCAUGCAGCACAAACAACCACCGGUGAACGUGUGUUGCUUAUCAACUAUGUGUCGCCCAGUGCAUCGGCAGCCACAUCGCCCAAUACGCAAACGCAAGCGCACACGGUUAGCACCGCCACUGCGAAUAGCGGUGGUGUUGCCACCACAACCACCACGCGCAAAAUCCUCCAUGCCAGAGCGGCGGCAGCGACGCAUGCGAAUGUUAGCACCGCCACACCCGUGUCAUUUGCUGGCCUCGGCUCUGAGGUGACGGUAACACUGACGCGUUCUGGUAAAUCAACCGCCGGUCAUAUUGUACGAAAUCACAGCAUUGCCACUGAAACGGUAGAACAUCAACAUCAACAACAGCAACAUCAUCAUCAUCAUCAGCAACAACACGAAUUAAUUGAACAGCAGCAGCAAACUCAUCAACAUCAUCAGCUGCUGACACAUCGACAGUUGCAGCAACACCAGCACCAGCAACAACAACAGCAAAAUACAACAACGGUGCUAGAUCCUUUGGACUUGCAAGACCAAGAUGAAUAUCAACAGCAGCAACAUCAGCAGAUUGUCAUAGAACAUCACAGCGGCAAUGGCCAAUCGCAGCAGACGCACGAAGAAGAGUUGCUCGAGUAUGACGAUGAAGAGGAAGUAGAGGAGCACCAUUUGCAACAGCUGCAGGAGGUGCAGGAUCAGCAGGAAUGUGAUGGCGAGCAAGUGGAAGAAGUUUAUCUGAACUGA